UAGAGAGAGAGAGAGAGAGAGAGAGCGGUUAACCUACAUUAUUAGUAAUCGUACAUUACAUACGUGAUAAUCCUGACCGUAGGAUCAAGGGAUUAAAAGCGUGAUUAAAUAAUUGUUUAAAUGUCUGUCUAAAACGUAAUUAUGUGAACCAAAGGUUAAAAUGGUCAAUUUCCUAUACCUAAAUACCCGGCUAAAUCUCAGUAUCUAAUCAAAAAACCAUAUUUGAUAAUCAAAAAUUUCGGUGAGUUUCAAACGAUUCCGACCGACGGAGAAAGACGAUUAACAACGGUGAACAACCAACGACCAUCGAUUUCACUUGAGAAUGACGAAUACGGCAUUAAGAGAAGCUAAAAGAGAAAGACGGAGCAAGAAAAGAAAUGAUCCGGUGAAGCCGGUGCACAUUAGCGGCAUAACUACAGGGGUUGCUGAUGAUGAUGAUGAUUUUGAGCCCCCGAUUCAGUCGAUAAUGACAAAGCAACCUCAGAAAUUAAAGGUUAAUAAAAAGCAUACAAAAUUAAGUCUACAAGAUGAUGAUGAUGACUUUGAAGUACCUAUUAGAGACUUGAUAGUCAAAAGGGGUGAAAACACAAGAAAAAGGCCAAAUACUACAACUAACCAAGAUGGUGAUGACUUUGAGCCAGUAAAAAAGAAACAAUCGAAAAACGAAAAGCAGAUGGAUCCUAUCGAGGGGAAACGGAAGAUUACCGAUGCAGAACCUAUUAGGACAGAACCAAGACCGUACUAUGAUUAUCAUCAUGAUGUAAUAAGCCUACGGUGCAGUCCUUCAGGUUUUAUGGAUACAGUUAAGCACUUUACUGAAGCGCAGGUGGCGGAUGUGAAGAGCAUUGGAUUUGGUGAGGUCCUUAAUAUAAAACUUUAUCAUAUAAGCACACGUUUAGGGUAUUGGCUCGUACGAAACUAUGACGAGCAAUACAGCACACUAAACAUAGGAAAUCACAAGAUAGAAAUCACCCGAGAUUCAGUACAUGACGUGUUUGGUAUCCCAAAGGGUAAUGUUAUUGUACGAGAAAAAAAUAAGCCUAGGAAAGGAGCAAUAGUGGAGAAAAAUACGGCUACUCAAGGCGCAGAAACAACCAUAGAUGAGUUCAAAAACCAGUGGCCAGACACAAACAAAAUUACUCAUACUUUACUUGCAAGAACUAUGUCAAAGCAAACCACUGGCGGACGAUUAUUCAAGCUAAAUUUCCUAGCCUACUGGAACACUUUGUUUGUAGAGAUAACAAAGUCAACAACUGUUAAACAAAGUUUUCUACUUGCAAUUGACAAAGAGGAAGACAUUCCAAAUCUGGAUUGGUGCUCCUUCGUUUUAGAAUCGCUGAAACGAACAAGACAAGGUUGGAAAAAGUUAGACUCACAAUACAAUGGCCCGGUUGCAUUCCUAACGCUUCUAUACAGCCAUUAUUUCAACAAAAGACACAAAAUUUUCGAUGAAGCUGUCAAAAUGCCUGUCAUACAGUAUGUAACCUCUGGUAUGAUCGACGACGUGGAAGAAUAUUUAUACAACAACGGGCCGCUAAAUGUUGAAGAUUGUGAUGAAGUGGAGAAAGACGAAGGAGCAAAUGAUAAUCGCCAGGAUCAACAACAUGUUACUGCCUCACGCAUCAAUGGCGAUGAUCAUCAAAAUCAAGAGUCUACGACCGCACCAUUCGAAAUCGUAAAACAGAACACUUCGACGCUGUACACUGACCUUUUCGCUGACAACAUCCCGAUACACGAGGCAGCUGCGGUACAAGAAAACCUCACCGAAUUCAAUACAUUAGAUCAGCGUAUGGAAGAUACGGAUGAGUACAUAAUACCACCAGUGGAUACGACACAUGUCUACAACAGAAGAAACCUGGCUGGAAACCUGGAUGGGGAAGAUCCGAUUGACGAAGGUAACAUACCAUCAAAUACGGAUUGGUUUAAUGGGUGGAAUCCGAAUUAACAUAUUUCAGCUUUGAAUUUAGAUGAAAUGGACAUAGGGACACAAACGCAAAAAGAGAUUGACUACUGCAGCACUCCGGUUCAACUAACCGGGGUGAUCUAUGAUCAUGCUGCGUGGGAAGCCUCGAAAAAAAGUAAAAAGUUGGACAGGGUGGCGAAACAAAUCAAGAGUUAGAGGGCGAUGGAGAUGCAAGGUUGGAACAUGAAAACACAGGGAAAGAUAAAGGAUGUGAUGAUGUUCAUAAUACCCCAUUUGAUGAUGGUGGUAUUUCGGACUCAUGCCUGGCUGCCUUACAAACCAUCGAACCAGGCGUAUAUAGGCAGACUACAGAAGUGGCACAAGCAGAUGUGGUAAACAACAUGGACCAACCUGUAAAUUUGGCAGAGUGCAGUCAGCAACAAGCACAUAAACAGAAUACAAUAACCGACGCCUAUGAUAAAGAAAAGCCUCCGACAACAUCAGCUGAUGAACCUGAUGAAGUGACCGAAGCAGAAAUGCAGUCGGUUGAGACACUUUUAAAAUUGGCUCCAAUCCUACAAACAUCAAGUGCAAGUAAUCAAAAGACUCCUGUGUCAGCGAACACAAAUAAAACGGAUGACGAGAGGCAUACACACCUAGUGAGAACGCGUAUCAACAUGAUCAGGGAAAAGAACGAAAAGCGGAUGGCAGAACUAGGUGACGCAUACAGAUCACCUUACUGCAACAGGGUAACCAACUUAUAUGAGCCACUUUUGGGACGUGACCAAACAAUCAUCUGUUAUCUCUUAGCUCCGGUGGGAGAUAUUGGGACAUUGAUAUACAAGUCUGACAGUGGAGUCGAAACGCUAAAAAUCAUAUUUGAAACCUUCCACCCAUCGCAAUACAUAUCAUAUGGUGGAAUGGACGCAUUUGUAGAUGUUUUAAACUUUGAAGAGAAAAAAAGGGACAAAAAAUCAUCACCCUACAGGCUGUUCUUGCCAACUACAAUAUUGCAAGACGAAAUGUUUGAGCCAAAAAUCACAGAUAGUGAUCGAUUGAAAGUAUUCGGACCAAGCGUAGACGAUAUAUUGUGUAAGUAUCAGGUGAAGAAAGUUGACAAAGUUGAUCUCAUCUUCAUUCCAGUACUACUUUCUGAUCAUUACUGGUGCCUAUGCUUUAACAUGAAAAAUGGAGAUAUCGAGUUAAUAGAUAACUCUAGGUAUGCCGAAUCGUUUACCAAACGCUACCGUGGACGCCCCGAAAAGCUGCGGAGAGUUCUAAUACUAUACCUAAAAGGCAAAAUUGGACAAAAAGAGUGGAUAACAAAGUUGGAAAAGGCAAAAAUAAUUCGAAAGGAAAUGGAUUGGAGA